AUCCUUGGAGGAUUAUUCGCAGAAGGUACUCGCGGUCUAUUUGUAACCGUGGAAGUCCUUCGGCACGUCUUGCGACGCCCUAGACUGCAUAUUUCUUCUCUUUUUUUGGCAACGGUUAGCUAACUAAUAACAAAAUAACUAAAGUUUCACCAUUAAAAAACACACAAACUUGUUCGCACCCGUCUGGCAUCCUUAAAAGGUUUGAAUUCAGACAAAUCUCCAUAAGACUUGUUGCUAUGGUAACAGUAUCCUUGAAAUGCCUGGGUAGCAUCUUGCUGUGUGGUUUUCAAUCACAUCAGUGCAGCAAGCAUUGUAAACUGUCUAAUCUGCUUAUUGUAAAAAAAAUAUGACUGACUUUAAUUGCGAUAUACGAAAGCUCGCAGAGAUCCUUAAAACUGAAGACGGCAGCUCUGAUAGUGAUGACGAUCUACCUGGGAUGUCCAAGAUUGGACCUGGAGACAUUGGAAAAACUAGAAGACAUAGUGUUGGAAUACAUAGACCAGCAGCUGGUGACACCCUACAAACUAGUAAACCCACUGACCCUGACGCUAUCUGGACUGCUGAUGAAGUUAUAGAUCAGCCUACUGGUGAAGAGUGCUUUGAUCCUAGAGAACAGCCUGAAUAUGAAAUAAAAUAUCAACAGGCAGUUCGUCCAGAAGAUGUGUUUUUACAGAUGAAUGGAAAGACAGCUUCAACAGCAAGCUGUGAAAACAUAAUCAUUCUAAUCUUUCUGAAGGGAGAAACAAAGAGUGCAGUUGACCUGACCAUAACAAGUUCAGCACUUGAUAUUAGGUCACCGCUUUACAGACUCCACCUUCAUCUACCGCAUCCUGUUGAUGGGGAAAAGGGUAAAGCAGAGUGGGAUGACAAAACAGAAAUUCUGAAAGUAACACUACAAAUGGUUCGAGAAUUUGACUUCCUAAAUUUUUAGUAGUCAUAAAUGACUCAGAAGUACCAAAGUAUUUGUUUUCUUCUUUAUUAUAUUAACCAUGUGUUUGUACAAAUAAAAUAGUUUAAUCUUCA